CUUAUCCUCUACAUUUCCCAUCUAUCAUCUAGCAAGUCAGUCCAUCCCCAGCAUCCGCUCACACAAUGGAAAGAUUCACCCAAAACCCCGCCGAGCUCUUCCGAAUUGUCAACAUGUAAGCUUCAACACUUGAUGCAGCCACCGCGAGCUCGAUGUCCCAAGGGUGCCGAGAUGUCAUGAGCUGAUGAUUCCCGCUUCUAUCAGCGCCGUUGGAGGGUUUGCAGUAGCAGGCGGAAUAGGAUCCCUCAUCAAACACCACUUCUCAAGCAUCAUCAUUGGCAUCUAUGAGGUCUUAAUCGGUGCUGUGAUCAUCUUCCUCGAAGUCCGCCCUAUCACCGAAGAGCACAAGGCCUUGGUCCACAAAUAUGCCAGCUUCAUGCACUCUUUCCUGGGACGUGGUGUCUUCUACUUGCUGCUUGGUGUCUUGAUGCUCAAUUACUACACCAUCCUUUACGUCUGCGGUACAGUCGUGGGUGUGGUCGGAGCUGCCUACAUUGCUCUCAACUUUGUCCCCGCCGUCGAUGCGCCAUCAACGAUGCAAGCACCAUCCACCGAUGAAGAAGCUCAGCCUGUGUGGCAAGGUCCCACCGAAUGAGGAAUGACCAUGCCAUGUAGCUCACCUGCAGGGUAAAGAAGAAGCGUGACAUGAAGAAAGGCGAUCUCGGGUGCCCGACGUAUCUUGUUGAGGCUCGAAAGUUCCGAGAAGAAUCUUAUCACUAGAAAGAUCCUCAUGUAUACAUCCGGCUCUUUGCACCUUGUGACUCGCCAGCAGCUUCUCACGAUCUGUUUCUACCUACGUAGCUAAUUAGUACCGAAGCCACGACUAUGG